AUGCCCGAAUCGGACUUCUUCGAUGCCAUGGAAGACAUCACUAGCACCGGCAAGUUGCACUCAAAAAUGUUUAUAUAUAUAAUAAAACAGAAAGAUUGUUUGAUUAAUGAACUACAAGACAAAAUAAGAAUAUUGAAUGCACAAAUAGAAUUGCUGAAUAAAAUUAAUUCCGCCAUCCAUAUUGAUGAGAAUUCCAUUCACAACAAACCCAGUGCCAACAAAAAAGACGAAGAUAAGGUUUCUAAAAAAAUCGUACCCAUUCCUGACAAAAACAUUGGGAAUUCCAUCAACAAUCAGAACAAGACAAAAACACGUGCGAUGACUAGAAUUCCUGAGGACACACCACAGCAGUUUUACAGUGUUGCCAGUUCAUCUCAAACAUCUGGCAUUACACCGAACACUCUCUCGAGUGCCCUCAAUGAAGUGAACACUAAAUCAACUAUGGAAAAAUAUAUUAAUAUCAAUAAAGAAGAAGAAUGGAAAACAGUCCAUACGAGGAAGAAGCCGCGAAGAAAUAGUAUAGUUGGAAAUAAUACAGACGACAAGAUUAAAGGUGUUCCCAAAUAUGUGUUCUUGCACGUUUGCAGAGUGGAUCCUGUGACAACUCAGCAAGAUUUGAAAGAUCAACUAAAGAAGCAUUUUCCUGAAGUCACGUGUGAACUAUUAACUUCUAAACAACCCACCAUAUAUUCAUCAUUCAAAGUGAAAACACAAAUGGCACAAAGUCAUGAUUUGGAAUAUAAAAGUAUCUGUUUCAGGUAA